CAAUAGACCGGCCAACACUGCAAGCGUGACCAGGCAGCGUUGCCACGCUAUCUUCCGCCCCCUUAUCCUACGCUCGCCUCAUGCUGAGCAAAAAUCCAUUGCAGCACUGCGAGGACGCCGUGAAACCACGACCGACGUGGAGCCAGCAAUCAGCGCAUGCAGCGUGGUGUCGCCUCGCGACGAGAUGAAACAGUGCUCCACAGGUCCAGCUGCCAUAACGCGAGCACGCGAGACCAGCGGGCGUCUCCCUCGUCUUCUUUUGGGAGGAGAAGUCUCCUCAUCACACACCGUGAGCUAAUGGCGGAGCCGGGGCAAGUCGCCAGAUGCAACACAUCGUGUUGGCAGCGUGGCUUACAGAGACUGGCCCCGCAGAAGAUCGCGCUCCUCGUCAUCAGAGCUGGCAUUGCUGCUGUUGGCUCGAGCAACAACAUGUACUCAUAUCAAAAAACGAUAGGUUAGCGACAAAGUGCGCAAACUGUAACGCAGUAUGGUCAGCGCUUGGGCAGUGGGGGUGACAGCCACUGGAUUUGUGUGCGGCGUUUAAAGCUCGUGUUUGUGCUGGUGGUCGAGCAUUUGCAGUAAACGAAUUUGCACUCACUGCGCGACGUGGGACGAUUGGGACGACUAUCACGAGUAAAAUGAGGACAAGUGUAUAUUGCUGAAGGUGCACCGGAAGUUUUGCGUACAUCUAAAAAGUUAAAUGAAGGAGCUUGGAAGUAC